CUCAGCCCAUUCAUUGCCAUGGCUAUUGCAGAAAAAUUCGACCGACAAACCCUCCCUUGCCCUUUCUUCUCCAUUCCAAAAAUUUUCUGAAUCUCUCCAGCAAUUGAAAUUCUCCAUUACUGAAUUUUCAGUUUGCGAUUGCUCGGACGAACGGUUAUGGCGACGGGAACGGAGAGAUCUAAGACGCUUCGGAAUUUCACGACGCCGGUGGAUCGCCGGUGGGGAAUCCGGCGGUUAUAUUGCUCCAUGAAGAACGAUUCAGAUGAUCGAAUCUCGCCUAUUCGCCGCUCCGCCGAUAGUUCGUGUUUUUCAGAUCACAGCCACGGCGGCGCCGCCGGCGGAGAGACCGAUUUUACGCAACCGCUUCGAAUCGGAAAAGAUAAAGGAAGAAAGAGAAAAGAAAGAGAUUCGUCUUCGGAGUCUUCAUAUAGAUCUCCAAAAAUUAGCGCAAAGUCGCCGGCGCCGCCGCCGGCGACGACGACGACGACGCUUGUUCGCCGGAGAUUCAAUUACGACGGCGGAAUCUCCGCGACAAGAGAGAAGCUGUUGCUUGAAUUCCAAACCACGGUGGAUGAAAUACUGAAAAACUCUAUUUACAAAAAAGAAGAGAUUCCUCCGCCGCCGCAGCCGCCGACGUCGCCGCCUGUUGCCGCCUCCGUCGACGGCGGCGAUGCAUACAGGCCGUGGAACCUGAGGAUAAGGCGAGCUGUUUGUAAAAUUCCAGAAAAGAGCAGCGGCGGCGGCGGCGGCGGUGCUGCUGCGACGGCCGGCGGCGAGAAAAGGGGAAAAGCUAGGGCUACGGCAAGGGUAAAACUGUCAAUUCCUCUAUCAAAAACUGAAAUCGAAGAAGAUAUCUGGAAAUUAACAGGGCAGAAACCGUCGCGACGGCCAAAAAAGAGGGCUAAGAAUGUUCAGAAACAAUUGAAUGCAUUAUUUCCAGGAUUGUUGCUGACUGAAGUUACUCCUGAUAUGUAUCAAGUUAACGAAGAUGCUCUCUAACAUCCAUUUUAGGUAAAUUGGCCUAUGAAAGGUUUUCGAAUUUGGCUAGAAAUUUUAUGGUUUAUAUUUUUUAUUUUUUUUUUAUUUUUAGUUUGUAUCAUAUACUAUACUCUAUUUUGGAAUUUUAUAAAGGGGGUUUGUUGCCUUUCGAAA